AUGGGCGACGAUCGGACUGUGCACUUGAAGGACUAUGCUCCUUACCCCUUCCUCCUCCACGAUGUCUUUCUCACCUUCGAGCUUCACCCAGAGAACACUCGGGUAGAGUCCAGGCUGCAGUUCGAGCACAGCACCAAGGACCGGGACUCCAUCGACCUCUACGGGGAGGCCUUGGAGCUUGUUUCCGUCUCCCUCAACGGCAAGGCCCUUGCUGCGGAGGAAGGGUACGUCAUCGUCAAGGACAGCAAAGUGGUGGGGGAUGUUCUUCGGAUCAAGCACCUCCCUCCCCAGACGUUCACCCUCGAGAUAGUGACCAAGAUCUCGCCGGCCACCAACACCACCUGCGAGGGCCUCUACCAGUCGAGCGGGAACUUCUGCACGCAGUGUGAGGCGGAGGGCUUUCGGCGGAUGACUUUCUUCCCCGACCGCCCGGACGUUAUGUCCAAGUACACGACGAGAAUCGUUGCUGACAAGUCGACCAACCCUGUCCUCCUGUCCAACGGGAACCUGAUCGCCCAGGAGGAGCUUGGAGACGGCAAGCACUCUGCGACAUGGCAGGACCCGUUCCCGAAGCCCAGCUAUCUCUUCGCUCUUGUUGCUGGGAAGCUCGUUGCCCUCGAGGACGCAUUCACGACCUGCUCGGGGAAGAAGGUGGACCUGAAGAUCUGGACGACGGACAAGAACAAGGACAAGGUGGGAUGGGCAAUGGAGUCGCUCAAGCGCGCGAUGAAGUGGGAUGAAGAUCGCUGGGGGAGGGAGUACGACCUGAACAUCUUCAACAUCGUCGUGGUGGACGACUUCAACAUGGGGGCCAUGGAGAACAAGUCGCUCAACGUCUUCAACUCCCGCCUGGUCCUCGCCACGCCUGAGACUGCCACCGACUCCGACUACAUCCACAUCCAGGGUGUCAUCGGGCACGAGUACUUCCACAACUGGACGGGCAACCGUGUGACCUGCCGGGACUGGUUCCAGCUGUCGCUCAAGGAGGGGCUGACGGUCUUCCGCGACCAGGAGUUCACCUCGGACCUCAACUCCCGGCUCGUCAAGAGGAUCGAGGACGUGCAGUUCCUGCGGCAGAACCAGUACCCCGAGGACGCCGGCGCCAUGGCGCAUCCCGUCAGGCCUCCUUCCUACGAGGCGAUCGACAACUUCUACUCCUGCACCGUCUACGAGAAGGGAGCUGAGAUCAUCCGUAUGUACGAAACCCUGCUGGGGAAAGAGGGGUUCCGCAAGGGGCUGGACCUCUACUUUGAGCGUCAUGACGGUCAGGCGGUAACGUGCGACGACUUCUACAGGGCCAUGAUGGAUGCGAACGGGUACGACGGGCGCAACUUGUUCCUCUGGUACCAGCAGGCAGGAACCCCGACCGUGGAGUUGAGCUCUCAGUACGACGAGGACAAGAAGACGCUGACGGUGAGGAUGGAGCAGCAGCUGCCUGCCACCGCGGACACCAGCGAAGAGAAGCAGCCGAUGUUGAUCCCCGUAGCUCUGGGCCUGCUGGACUCCUCGGGCAAGGAGAUGGCGCUGGGCCGCAUGUCGGAGGACGGUGCCGAGGCGGUGGACCUGGGAGGAGUGACGACGACGGUGAUCCGGCUCAUGAGAAAGCAGCAGACGUUUGUGUUCGAGGGCAUCCCUUCCCGCCCCGUGCUCUCCAUCCUCCGGGGAUUCUCCGCCCCUGUCAAGAUCCGCUCCGACAGGACGGAGCAGGACCUGAUGCUCCUCCUCUCCUACGACUCUGACGCGUACAACCGAUGGGACUCAGCGCAGACGCUCGCCAAGGAGGAGAUCCUCAAGGCCUGGAGGGCCGGGGCCGGGAAAGCCGAGCUACGAGCUGAGUUCAUCGAUGCUUUCCGCAAGGUGGUGGCCGACAAGAAUGCCGACAAGCAUUUCAUCUCUCAGGUUCUGUCGUUUCCCUCCGUGUCAGAGCUCCUUGAAGAGGUCGGAAGCACAGAUCCCACAGCGGUGUUUGCUGCCAGGAAUGCCGUUGAGAAGUCUCUUGCGGAAGCUCUGGAGCGAGAGAUGUUGGAGGUGUUCACCAGCAACCGUUCGAGCGAAGCAUACAAAGUGGAUAACGAGGGCAUCGGACGCCGUGCUCUCAUGCUGACUGCGCUGAGAUUCUUAAGUUCCUUGAACAAGCCAGAGCAUAACGAACGAGCCCUGAAAGCGUUCAAGGAAGCAAACAACAUGACAGAACAAGUCGGAGCUCUUCGAUGCCUGUGCAAGAACGACAACGAGCUGUCGAGGAAAGCUCUGGAGGAUUUUUACCAGCAGUGGAAGCACGACGAUCUCGUCCUCUGCCAGUGGCUCAGGAUUCAGGCGCAAAUGGAAACACCCAACAACCUUGACAAGGUGCGGCGCCUGCUUGAUCACGAGGCGUUCGACUUGAAGAACCCCAACAAGAUUUAUUCUCUCAUCCUCGCCUUCUCUCGCACUUACACAAACUUCCAUGCCAUCGAUGGCUCGGGCUACAGCUUCAUCACCGACUGCAUCCUCAAGCUGGACAAGAGCAAUCCGCAAGUUGCCUCGGCCUGCACGGAGUGCUUCACGAGCCUCCGAAUGUACGACGAUGUCCGCCAGCAGCUCCUCACCGCGCAGCUCCAACGGCUGGCCAAGGAGGAGAACUUGUCCGGCAACGUGAGCGAGAUCGUACACAAGUGCCUCAAGUCAGGAGCUGUCGAAGAGGCUGGGCCAGGGAUCGUCCUCACUGUAGCCCGAGAACUCUUGGUCGAUCUCCCUGCCGCCUCACCGUCACCUCCCGCGCAGCCAUCGGCUUCUCACCUUGAGAACUGCAGGAAGCUCCGCCAUUGGUCCUUGUUCAUGCUGAGGAUCUUGUCGUCGGAGUUGAGGAACUCUGAGAAAUUUUCCACGUGCGGCGAGACCUUCCCCGGGAGCCCCUUCCACAUGGCCUGCAGCACAAGUGAGCCACACGCCCUCGGAGCUGGAGGGUUUGCUGACCUGCAGCGCAAGGAUAGCCAUGUCCUUCUCUACAUAUUUCUUCCCUUCGGCCUGGAGGAUCUCGAAGACGUAGGGGUACAAGAUCUCGAAGUUCUUGGCAGCCUCCCUCAGCAUCUCCUUUUUUUUGGCCUUGAAGUCGUCGACGUGCCAGCACCUCAGCGACUCGGAUACCCGCACGAAGCAGUCCUGGUCGAGGUGACCAAACCGGGUACACCCCAUCUUGUAGCAGAGGAAGAAGAGAAAUGCCGUGUGCUCAGGCGAGGAUGCUUCCUCGUCACUUGCAGAGAGGUCUUGACCGAGUCUGAUGAAGCCCUCGAGAUCCAUCUCGGUCUCGUUCUUCGAGUACGUUCGGAAAAGUUCUCUAAGGGCGUUGCUCUUCCGUUUCUUUGGUGA